UUUGUUUACUUCGAAGUAUCUGCGGCAGCCCCAUAUCAGAUCAGAAAAAUUGAGGAACUGAACAAGACCUCUACCGGUGCAGUGGAAGCCAAAGUGGUUUGUUUCUAUCGGCGUCGUGAUCUGUCACUAAAUCUAAUUCAACUUGCCGAUAAGCAUCAAAAUGAACUAUCACAUCCGUCGGACGGAACGAAACCGGAACUACUGCACCAGCUUCGACAUCGUGAAAUAUUCCUAUCGCGUCAUUUAGAGACACUCCCGGCCACUCAUAUUCGCGGCAAAUGUACAGUCACGCUGCACAGCGAUACGGAACCGUGUGAUGUGUAUCUGGCCAAAGAGGAUGCUUUCUUUUUCCAACUGGUCUACGAUCCACUCCAGAAAACACUCCAGGCCGAUCGCGGUCAAAUUCGCGAAGGUCCCGACUAUCAGGCUGACGUGCCGCCGUACACACCACCGGAUUCCGCAGACGCAGGACAAUAUGAAGUGAUCAAUUGUCCCGAAGCAGGCUUUGUGUAUCGACUCUACUGUCUAAAGUGCAUUUGGUCUGGAGGUCAUGAACUUCAGUCUCCCGUGGAGAAAACGCCACUCGUAAUCCGAUCUGACCCUGUGGCAAAAGUAUUGCUCCGCUGA